AUGAGAAAACUCUAAAUCAUUUUUGCCUUAAUCCUUCUUGUAAGUGUUACAACUAAUGCUAGAAAGACUAGACAACCUGGACAACCUGGACCUCAUCCUAUGCCUCAAGCUGAUCCAAACAGUCUUUUAUAAUACUUUGAAGAUUGUCUCAAUGUCUACUUUGUCCCCUAAGAUUAGAACCACGGUAACUUCAUGAACUAAUUAGUCUGGGCUUGCCCUCCUUUAAACUAACAUGCUGAUAGUCCUAGCAAUUAACUUAAUGAAGUCUAAAAUGCAUAGAACUGUGUUAAUAACUUCAACACCAAUUAACAAGAUUUGAAGGGUCAAAUUUUAUAGAGCUUACAGUGUGCACAAAGCAAGGUUCAAGCAAGCAGUGGAAACUAAUUUUCCUAAAAGAAGAGAUAAUCUGUUAUCCAUAAAAAACUUAGAUUAUGA